UUUGCUUGAAGCCGGUGGCGUGUCAUUGGCCACGCCCCAAAGCAUGUAGUCACGCCCAAUCGUUGGUCCCAUGUACAGCCACGCCCCCUGUCAUAUUAGCCCCUGUCAGUCGAAGCCUGACGUCACCUGCAGCGCGCGACAGAGAUGGCUCAAGAUCCCGUGUCAGCCGGGAAAGGGUCAUGGUGGCUCUCCCGAUGGCUUCCAUCGUGGUGCCCCACGUCUUUUGCUCAGCUGAAGGAGGCGGAAGACAGGAUGUUACAGCCCAUAGACAGUGAGUUCUCUAAACAACACGUGCCCAUCUCGAACGGGAACUUCAUAUGGACACUCGCCUUCAACAAGGGUACAGCUAGCCAGACCCCUAUGGUUCUGUUGCAUGGCUUCGGGGGGGGCAUAGGGCUCUGGGCUCAGAACCUGGACACUCUGGCAGAGCAGCGACCUCUCUAUGCCCUGGACCUGCUGGGCUUUGGCCGGAGCAGCCGACCGCAAUUUGGAGCUGACGCCAUGGAGGUGGAGUGCCAGUUUGUGAAAUCCAUCGAGGAAUGGAGGGCACAGGUGGGGGUGGAGGCCAUGGUUCUGCUGGGGCACAACCUGGGAGCAUAUGUGGCAACUGCCUAUGCGCUGAAGUACCCCUCCAGGGUGAAACAACUGAUACUGGUGGAACCCUGGGGCUUCCGAAAGCGUCCAGAGACAAAGCAGGGCGAGCGACCUGUCCCGAUGUGGAUCAAGGCAGUGGGGGCCGCCAUGAGCCCAUUCAACCCCCUGGCUGGGUUGCGCCUGUCAGGACCUCUGGGACCCAUCCUCAUUGAGACCCUCCGACCCGACUUCCGGCAGAAGUUUUCGUCCAUGUUCAGAGACAGCACCGUGUCUGAAUACAUCUACCACCUGAACGUCCAAACCCCCAGCGGGGAAACGGCCUUCCGGAACAUGACCAUCCCAUACGGCUGGCCCAAGAGGCCCAUGCUGCAGCGCGUGGGCCUGCUUCGCCGUGACAUGCCCAUCUCCAUCGUGUACGGCUCCCGCUCCAGCGUCGACAGCGACACGGGCAACGCCAUCAAAGAGGCCCGGCCCGGAUCACGCGUCGACAUCGUGGUGAUCCGAGGCGCAGGCCACUAUGUCUUCGCAGACCAAGCAGAAGACUUCAACGAGAAAGUCCUACAGAUCUGCAGUGCUGUGGACUAGUAGACUAGCAUGGUGCGCACCCGUUGCUUAGCGGUUUGGAGGGCUUCAGGGCAGCCUCUCGGAGAGGGGCUUCUCAAAUACUAGUGACCUUCAAUUUUUCCUUGACCUUUUUCACUCCUCGACACUCAGCGCUUUCUCGGUGUAGCUAAGCUGCAUGCGGUGAGGAUAUGAGCUGUGAACUAGAAAGUGUAAUUAAAACUCAGAUUUCAUACACACACAUUGCUCAGGUCCUUCUUAACAAGCAAUAGCAGUUCAGUGGUUCAAUGAGCUGUUCUUAAACAUCCAGCAUUUUAGUUCUUCUUUGAAGAGCUUCUUGUUCGCACCUUAAACUGGCUGUUCCGGUAUCAGUGACUAUUUUGGGACUUUAGACGGUCCUUUUCUAUUAAGAAGUGAAAAAAGAACGACAGCCACUGGAGGAAACACUUUUGUGAGUCUUAUUUUGCCAUCCUGUGUCCUCCUUGGGGGGAAGAGCAGUGCUGUUAUACCAGAAUGGCUGUGAGAAGAUGUUGCCGAAAUCUCACUGUGCUCUUUAUUUAUUUCCUGGGGACAGUUGGUAGUGGAGUAGGUAGAUUUGCUGCCUUUGG